AUGUUAUUUCCACUGCUAGGGCCUCUGUCGGAUGCCGCCGAUGCCAAACGCGAUGUGGUAUUUACACUCUUUUUGACGUUUACCAUAGCAAUUGAACACCUAGCAAUGUCGGCAUUCACCCACCCCGCAAGCCUUUUCCGGUUCGACCAACUCACAUCGCCUUCUACGCCAGCCUUGAGGGAAGGAGCAAUAACUCACUCUGCUGAAGAGCUUGGAAGGAAUGGGCAAGUCGGUCUUCUUGAGACGGAUCAGGUAGAAAGCAAAGUCAUCCCCAAUAGCUUUCACAAGAAAUUGUCCGACUUCAAAGAAGAUGAUCUCAGCUUAAUCUUCUUCAGCGGUCCAGACGCAGAGCCACGAAUGCAAAGAUUGAAACUCACACGAGAAAUCAUAAACAGUAUUGCCCGGACAAGGAGCAAGCAAUUGAAGUCUGGAUUGGCGUCUCCUGCUACAAAUCAAGAGAAGAUCUUGCACGAUGAAGAAGAAACUGAGCAUCUAUUACAUGCUCUGCGAGGUCGUCUAUCAGUUAUUUUCGACGAGCAAAAGUCAAAACUCGGGGAAUUCCUAUGGAGGCUCAAUGCGAAGAAACAUCUCCCCGCCAACGCAAGAGCAGUCUGGGAAGUCAUCAUGCAAUCCGAACAGGAUGCACACAGAUUCCGGGGAAAGAGUCAUGGUUUCUUCGGACGAUUCUACUCGCUCUGGAAGUAUCUGUUUGAUAAUCAGAACUGGCAAAACCAACGACUCGACCGAGCCCUGCGAAGGAUCCGGAUUGAACUUCGAAAUAGGCCACCAACGAGUCAAGAACGGAUCGUCUUACAGCUCGAGAAGAUCCAGAAAGCUGGCUUUCUGAUCACUCAGAAAGAACAACGAUUGGCGCAAAAAAUCUCGAAAUUCUCUCAAGUCGCGACCAAUAGAAAACGGAUUUACAUGUCAUUGUCUAGCGCCGAAGAAAACUUGUUGAAAGAGAUGGCUCGUCGAACGGUCCCAGUGAGGAGAACAGAGCAGAUAGAGCACAUUGUCAAACAACUGCCAAAAACACCGAAUGGAGCCGAAUUCUUUCGGAAUCAUCCCCAAGAUCUGCAACUUAUUGCUAGUGCGCUCAAGGAAUUGGCUACCAAAGAACGAGAGGGGAAAGUCUGGACGCAGAUGGAAGUCGAUCUUCUGGCGGCCCUAAAGCUAGAAAGCAAAGGCGGAGGAAAGAAGACAAGCAAGCUCGAUCAAAUUCUGAGAAAUCUGAAAAAACAAAAGGCGUUGGAAGUCUUGGACGUCCAAGCUUAUUCUCCAAUGAUAGAGAGGCAGGCGUUGCACUCGAAAUUGAAAAAUAAGCAUUCUGUAUACACCGAUGCAGAGAUGACUGAAGUGACGCAGCUAGCAGAACAGUAUUACCGACUGAAAGAGCAGGCCGACACUCCGGUCCAUCCGAAUCUGAUCCAUACUGCUACAGAACAGCUGCACAAUGAAGCUUUAUCGAAAGAGGAGCGAGCAAUCCUAUUUCUAGAGGAGAAGAAAGAGCGCACGGGGAUCCACGCUAGUCAAAGGAGGCUCUUGAGGAAGUUAAAGCAACUGAAGGAGGGCGAUCCCCCGGUGACCAUCCCAGAGGAGGCAAACAAAUGGGUCCAAGAACAUCUCAAAAUCGUCACACAAAUUCCCGACCGUUCGAAGGCCAAGCAAUUCGAAGAAGCCCUUUCCAAGACACCGGAGCUUAUGCCUGUUCAGGGCAUGCACGAGUUGAAAAAAGCCCAGUUCUAUGAUGAGGUUGUUUACUCAAGACCUGCGUUUGAAUGGUGGGCCGAGAAAUCUUCGGAGACCACGGAUAACACACAGAUUCUCGAAGGACAUCGGGAAGAUCUUGUCCCGGCGGAGAGAUAUCUUACUUUCCCCGAGAGAUGCCAGGUUUUGGUCCUUUCGAACACCUUCCGAGUGAGCCCAAACCGACAGCUUCCUAGCGUAGAGAGCUUGGCUCUGAGUCGACUCGACGCGCUCACCACACUCAAAGACCUCAGCCAACAGGAGAUGAAACUUCGGGAUGGUUUAUCGCGAAAGGAUUUCGAGAUGAUCAACAGCCCCUCAGGGAAACAGAUGAUAGAGAGCUUGGCAAUCGAGGAAACGUUGCUCAAGAUCUGCAAAGCUACGCGAGCAGACCAGAAGCUGGUCAUCCGACUAGCGCAGAACAUCCAGAUAGGCGAUCUGGACGAGUCUGCCCGACAGAAGCUCGGCCAUCUUCUUCCAGCGGAGCUCGAAACCCUUGGCCAUCUCAUCUCGCUCCAGGAUGACGACCAUGAAUUCCGGGAGGCCUCCAAGUUUUCCCGGAUCAUGGAGCUCAUCAUCCGCGCUUCCGACCGCAUCACGCUGGCCCCUAAGCUCUCAGAGAAUGACGAGCUCAUCAAUUUCCUCGUCUCCGACGCCCAAAAACCCCGGAUUCUCAAACUCCCUCCGGCAGAAGAAAGGAGGGUACUCAACUACUUGCACGCUAUCCUAGAUCAACCACUCGCGUCCAAAAACUCAUGACCCUCAUUAACACCGUGUGAAAUACACAAUCCC